CGUGGCAACACUGGGAGAACAGCUUGUGCAAGCGCAGAUGAAGCGCUGCUGAAAGAGCCUGCAAAGUGAUGCUUUGAUGGCGCCACUGCUUUUGAGUUGAAGGCGAAGGAAGAAGACGAGAGGAGGUGACACGGGACUGCCAGGGUUGAAAACGGGCAUGGAGACAUUGCUACAGGGGUUGGCGCAGGAGCGAGCUGCUGUUUCAGCUGCUAAACGAGCUGGCAAAUGGUGGCAGAAGUGAGUAGAUGGAGGCAGCUCUGCAUGGCGAUCAGCAGCCUCAGCUACCAGCUUGAUGAAGGUCUGGGCAUGGCAUGCACUGACUGAUCUGUUCUGUCAAGUCUACGCUGCACUGCUGAAGCUCAAGACAACAAUCAGUCUUUCAAGGGGUCUGUGGUGGUACCAGAGUGCUGUAAGAUCAUGCAGAACUGAGUGAGUUUGACCAAUAUGGCUGCUGUCCAGGGGCUGGCUCAAUUGCAAGGCUGUCCCAGAUUGGACUUGAAGAGACAGCAGAUAGCGUCAGUUCAGAAUAAGAGGCAGUCUUCAGCAUGGAAGCGCACACUCCAGCAGAGCAAAUGUUGGAGUCAUCAGUCUGUGAGAUCUUAUACAGUGACGUGUCGAGUAAGCUGGGGGAAAUCAGAGUCCCAGUCAUGUAGUUCUUUAGCUUGGGGCCAAAUUAGUCAGCAUAGACUUCCAGUAACUUUUUGAGAAGGGCGGUGUAAAGAAGUGCGCGAGUUAGCGACUACUUCCAGAAAGGUUCUGGUGACGAGGGGAGCCGUUCAGGAGCCCCCUCCCUCAAGUGCACCACCACGGGAAGGUAGACUGGCAAGAAGGAAUCAGGAGUUGAUAGAGAAAGAAACAGGUCACCAUGGGGCAGCAGGUGGCAUGGCCCCCUCUCCGAGUCUUCUGAACCUCAUUGCCACUCCCGGCCGGUCAGCUCUGACUGUCAAUCUUCGGCCAAGGAAAAUAGCCCCGGAAGUGAUCUGGCUCCCUUGCGCUCAGGAAGACCCCAUGGCUUACAACCUGUUAGGCCUUACCGCGAAUGCCUACCUUCUCCUUUUGGGGCGCCAGGCUGUCGCAGUUGAUGCAACCUCGCCGUUCAUCAUCCCCUUGUUACACAGCAUCCUGAGGGAGGAGAAGUGCACCUUGAGUGCGCUGCUUCUGACGCACCGCCACAUUGCGUUGGCGGGCAAGCCACAAGGGCAGGGCCUUAGGGACUUCAAGCGAGCCUUUCCGCGAGCCCCUGUCUUUCUGCACCCCUCUGAUGCAGAGCAUGAGGAAGGCAAGGUCAGCGGGUUUGUGUACGACAAUCCUAUCGGGAGUGCGCUCCUGAGUGCACUAGGUGUGGAGACCUGGGAGUUUCCGGGGCACACUCGGGGACACGUGCAUUACUACCUGGACAGGUCAGGGGGCGUUCUAUGCACAGGAGAUAGUGCGGUGGGCGCACCGAUGCAUCGCUCUGAGCCCGGCCGAGAUGCGAUGUGCAGAGCCCCCGUCCCUGUUAAUGAGGACGACGGAGAGGCAGCGAGGCAAUGGUCAGACUUUCUGCACAAUAGUGCGAGGCCUAGCAUUGCCACAAUUUGUCCGUACCAUGGAAAAGUCUACAGGAACGAGAUGCCUCGCCGUGUGGAGUUCUUGCUAGAUCAAUUGAGAAGCCCUUGGCCGACUGUCGUGCCUUGAGAGCGCUCGGCAUCUUGUAUAUAGAUUGUGACACAUGGUCGGACCGUGUGUGUAAUAACAUUUUGGCAGCUGUAUAUAUGUCAAGUAGUGAUUCGUGGAUCUAGCUAGAGUAGCUAGUUAGCUAGUAAAUUUGUCAGCAUAGGCGGUAGACGGUUGCUGACAGACGGACUAGCUUUAUAGCUCACAGGAUUGUUAGUACUGGCGCUCAUGUUUGUUACAGACUGUAGCAUCAUUAGCUCACUAGCAGUUGGUUAAGAUGGAUACUCUCCCGCAAGAGAUCAUGAAGCUGGCCAUCUGUGUCGGAGAGUCAAAGGAUUACUACGACUUUUGUUUUUCGAGCUAGCUGAAGCCAACGUGGUGCGCGGACGAUUGUACCUAAAGUUUGCUGGAC